AUGAGCAAAAAGAAUAACCGAACGACGGCGGCGAAUCGCGUCGAACACGCGAAGCGCGUCGAGCGCGAGGCGCUGGUGAAGAAAGAGGCGCGACGGGUGCGAAAGAUGGCGGCGAUGGCGCUGGCGUCGGACGCGAUGGCGGUGGACGGCGCGGGAGGGAAGGGAGGGACGGCGGGGAGGGCGAGGCUGGAGGCGAAAAACGUGCGCAAGGCGCAGAGCCUGCGCCUCGCGGGAGGGGUGCGAAAGGUGCGAGCGGGGAAGAACACGCACAAGGUGGUUCGAGGCGUGCCGGUCGGGAAGGCGAAAUUGCGAAAGAAUGCGGUGGUGAUGGGGAUUAAGAUUGUGGACGCGGCGACGAAGCAGGCGGCGCUCGACGCCAUAGCGGAGGCGCGCGGCGACGGCGGCGCGACGGCGAUGCGAAGGUGA